GCGGAACUGUUGGGCGCAAGUUAGCAGGUAGCCGGAAGAACAGCUACGAGCGAGCGAGUUCAGAAACUGGAGAGUGUGGCGGACAUUUCAAAGCAGUGGGAGGAGCUUCAUCCUCAUUCAUCCCUGAUUUCAAAGUAAAUCUCCCCGCCGAUGGACUCCGCCGCCGUUCUCCGGUCAUUCCGCAAUUCCAUUGGCUCAUCUAAUGUGAAGUCAUUCCUGGAUAUGCCUAGUGUGGUCCCCAUGAAAAGUGUUGCAUUCUCCAACUUGAGUCGUUUGGCAUUUGCUGGGAAUAGAUUAGUUGUAUCAUCCGCAAAGGCAUCAGGAACUAAUGCAUCAGAAGAUAUGAAUGGGGCAGCUAUUCUGACUGAGGGUAAACAGACUUUUUCAAAUGAGAAGAAGCCACUGGCACGAGUUACAUUUCCUGAGGGGUUUGAGGACCUAAUAACAGAAGUAUGUGAUAGCACACAAAUUGCGGAGUUGAAAUUCAAGGCUGGGGGGUUUGAGAUGCACGUGAAGAGGAAGGUUGAGGGUACAACAGUCCCUACACCAGUUUUCUCUCCAACACCUCCACCUACUCCAAGUGGACCGGUGGUUGACACAUUGCCUGCUGCUUCAUCUCCAUCAAGCUCCUCUGGAGAAAGUAGCCCAUUUGUAAAUAUUUCUCCAGAGAAGUCGGCAAUGUUAGCAGCAUUAGAAGCAUCUGGAAUUCGUGGCUAUGUCCUAGUGUUAUCACCAGCUGUUGGCUUCUUUCAAAGGAGUAGAACAUUGAAGGGAAAUGUGCAAUCACCUGCUUGGAAGGAGGGUGAUGUUAUAAAAGAAAACCAGAGUAUUGGUCUUAUUGCUCAGUUUGAUUCUGAGGUUCUAGUCACUGCAAAUGUCAGUGGAAAGGUCUUGAAGAUCCUUUAUGACGACGGAGAAGCUGUUGGUUAUGGAGACCCACUUAUUGCUGUGCUCCCAUAGUAAUUUGGAGAUUUAUGAACCAAAGAUUUUUGGAUCAUGCUAGUCACACCAAGGUUCACACCAUCAGUAUUAUCUCACACAGACAAUUAUUGUCUGUACAAGAUUGUCUCCGGCGGUGUCAUCUUUGAGGUCAAAGUAACAUCAUUGUUCGGGAUUUUUUCUGCUAAUUCUUCUGUUGUGGUUCAUAUAUUGGUAGAAGAAAAGGAGUAAAAUAUAUAGGGAUGGUGAUGUUUUAAUGUCCUAAAACACAACUAUUUAUUGCUAUUGUAUGUUGAAAUUUAAUCUUAAAAUGUACAAUAAGAUGUACUCCCUCCGGGGUCGAUCUCUGAAACAAAUUCUUGUAUCGGUUUCGAUGAUUGAGUAUGUAAAUAAUAAACAGACAACUUAAAUUGAGACAGAGACUUGAAAUAGAGAGGACAAUACUUG